AUGUCACUCUCAAAAUUGGAAUCACUUCCUAGCGAAAUCUUACUUGAUCUUUUCGAGAAAUACAUUGAUGGAAUCGAUAUUUUCGUUGCUUUUUUUCAUCAACUUGGCAGUCGAUUCGAUGCAUUUUUGAGUCAAUGUCAACAACUUUAUUUUAAUUUUAUUGGUUGCCGAUUAGAUAAUUUUCGUUUUUGUAUUCAUCUUCUUCCGAAUUAUCUCGAUAAAAUAACAGGAUUAGCUUUGUCUGAGCGUGGUGCACCUGGCCAAAUUAAUAUGUUCUUGAAAUAUUUCCCAUCAUUUACACUUUUCAAACAACUUCGUUCACUUUAUAUACAUUGCAGUGGAGGAUAUAUUCAUUCAAAUCAUGUAGAAAAUGCUAUUCUCUCAUUGGUUGAUACGAAUAUCGAAGUUUUAUCAAUUAAAAUGAUAAAAUGA